AUGAAUGCCGCCAUCAAAAGCAGCCCCAAGGACAUCCCAAACGCAAGCUCGAAGAAGUCGGACCUGGACAUGCGAAAAAUCUCAUCCUUGUCGCCGCCGCAAAUGGCUGCUGGGAGGGUUGUCGCCAUGCUAUGCCGUGGCUUAGGUAUGGUCGAAGGUGUCCUCACCUCCAAGAGCGUCACACAAGACACUGGCAGCAAAUCGACAUUAUGGAAGGAGAACUCAGCCCUCUUUUGUAUCCGUAUCCCUAGGGGAUAG